GCGGGCGGCUCACUCGCAGGAUGGCCGCGGCCGCGGCGGGUGGAGCCCCGGGCCCGGCCCCCGGCCCCGCCGCGGCGCCGCCGGCCCCGGCCGCCCGGAACCCGCCGCCGGCGCUGCGGAGGCGCGGGGACUCGCGGCGCCGCCAGGCCGCGCUCUUCUUCCUCAACAACAUCUCCCUGGACGGGCGGCCGCCCAGCCUGGGCCCGGGCGGCGAGAAGCCCCCGCCGCCGCCGCCGCCGCUGCCGCCGCCCGCCGAGGCCCGCGAGCCGCCCGCGCCGCCGCCCGCGCCGCCCGCCGGCCUCCCCGGGCUGCCUGCCAGGACCCCCGCGCCCCAGGGCCUCCUCAGCCCCACGCAGGCCCCCGCCGGCCUGGGGCUGGACGGGCCGCGCCAGAGGAGGCGCGUGGCGUCCCAGCGCUGCUCCCUGGAGUUUCUGGAAGAUGCGGUGGGCUGUGCCGCGGCGCAGAGGAGCAGACACACGUCGGGGUCCCCGCGGCAGAAGGGCCUGAAGAAGACUCACUUCAUCAAGAACAUGAGGCAGUACGACACCAAGAACAGCAGGAUCGUGCUCAUCUGCGCCAAGCGCUCCCUGUGUGCGGCCUUCUCAGUCCUGCCCUAUGGAGAGAGCCUGCGGGUCUGUGACCUGAGGGUGGACAGCCAGAAGCAGAGGCACCCGUCCGGCGGCGUGUCCGUGUCCUCCGAGAUGGUCUUUGAGUUGGAAGGCGUUGAGCUGGGAGCGGAUGGAAAGGUCGUGUCGUACGCCAGGUUCCUGUACCCUACCAACGCCCUGGUCACACACAAGAGUGACAGCCACGGCCCACUGCCCCAGCCACGGCCCAGCGUGCCGCGGGCGCUGCCGGGGUCCAGACACAAACCCAUCCCCUCCAAGCCAGCGCCAGCCGGCCCGGAACUAGGGGGCGACGGGGGAGACGCCCUGGAGUACAACCCCAACCUGCUGGACGAUCCUCAGUGGCCGUGCGGCAAGCACAAGCGAGUGCUCAUCUUUGCCUCCUACAUGACCACGGUGAUAGAGUACGUGAAGCCCUCCGACCUCAAGAAGGACAUGAACGAGACCUUCCGCGAGAAGUUCCCGCACGUCCGGCUGACGCUGAGCAAGAUCCGCAGCCUCAAGCGCGAGAUGCGCCGCGUGUCCGAGGAGUGCAGCCUGGAGCCGGGCGCCGUGUGCACGGCCUACGUGUACUUCGAGAAGCUCGUGCUGCAGGGCAAGCUGCACAAGCAGAACCGCAAGCUGUGCGCCGGCGCCUGCGUGCUGCUGGCCGCCAAGGUCAGCGGCGACCUGCGCAAGGCCGAGGUGAAGCAGCUCAUCGACAAGCUGGAGGAGCGGUUCCGCUUCAACAGGCGGGACCUCAUCGGGUUCGAGUUCACGGUGCUGGUGGCCCUGGAGCUGGCGCUGUACCUGCCGGAGAACCAGGUGCUGCCCCACUACCGGCGCCUCACGCAGCAGCUGUAGGCGCACACCGCCCGCCCCGCAUCUUCCGGCAGCGCCGAGACCAGCCGGGCGGGGCCUGGAGCGGGUGUGCGGGCCGCGACGCGCUCGGCCGACAGGAUUCGCGCCCCUGAGCGGGCCGGGCGGACUCUCCGUUACCGUCCGGAUUUGGGUCUACUGAGAGAACAAACCGGUGCGCCGGGGUCCGCUCCAGCCUAGCUGCCCCCCGCCCGCCAGGAAGGACCGCGCUGUCUCCACGCGGCUCCCGGGCCGCCAACGUCACCCGCCGGCCGCUGCAGGACGGACAAGUCAAAGCCCCUGCUCGCUGGCCGUGUCCGCGCCCCUCGCCACAGCCCGCCCGACUCAGCAGCGGCAGCUCUGCCCUUCGCGCCCCGGCGAUGCGGGGGCCACCACCGGCCGUGUGUCGGGCGCAGCCGCGUCUGCUGCCCCCGAGUGUGUUCGCCCAGUAAACGUCGGUUUCGCA